UAGACAGCGCUUGGGUUACUGCCCCUUUAAGAGAGGCUGAUGUGUUGGCUAGGGAAGUAAGACCUGCCUGGAAAGCCCAGCCUCCUGUUUUCUGGCAUUCCGCAGAAGCUGGGACCCUGCUGGAAAGGACCCAAGGGAUGGAUGGAGGCAGCCGGGUUCCUAGCCGGCUGCCUGGGUGAGAAAGCAGCCCAGCCAGCCUCACCGGCUAGGCAAUGGGGAAGCCAGGCAGCUGGGGGCUGAUUGCUUGCAGCGGGUAACGUGCACAUCCCCGGGAAGCUGCAAAGGUGAUGGGAGGCUGGUGCCUGCAGUAACCUGGCAGUCUCCUCAUUGCGCCGGCCUCUCCCCGGGUGCAUGCUCAGCCCGGGCGCCGGCGCCUACAGCUCCCUCCCCGAGCCGCGGCCACCGCGGGCAGGACACACCGCCUCUUUGUCUGCAAAGGCGAAGGUGAGGGCGUUUGCACGGAGACACGCCGCCUCAUGCCGGCGGCGCGGGGCGCUAGAUCCGUCGGCUCUGCAAGGAUCGGGAGCUGGGCUCAGCCCGUAACGCGCUAAGAGCGCCGCCAUGGCUGAGAAGGGGAUCGACCCAACCUGCGUCUCCAUCGCCUUGGAGGACUCUGUGUGCAAUGCUGGCUCCCAGGACGCACCUCUCCUGAAGAAGGUGGAGAAUCACAUCACAGAGGCGCAGCGGUUCUCGCACCUGCCCAAGCGUUCCGCUGUGGACAUCGAGUUCGUUGACCUGUCCUACUCCGUCCGUGAGGGCUCCUGGUGGAGAAAGAGAGGGUACAAAACCCUCCUGAAAUGCCUGUCCGGGAAAUUCUGCCGGCGCGAGCUCAUUGGGAUAAUGGGUCCCUCAGGUGCUGGGAAAUCCACGCUCAUGAACAUCCUGGCUGGUUACAGGGAGACGGGGAUGAAGGGCCAGAUCCUGGUGAACGGCCGGCCGCGGGACCUGCGCACCUUCCGCAAGAUGUCCUGCUACAUCAUGCAGGACGACAUGCUGCUGCCACACCUGACCGUGCUGGAGGCCAUGAUGGUCUCUGCUAACCUGAAGCUGAAUGAGAAGCAGGAGGUAAAGAAGGAGCUGGUGCAGGAGAUCCUAACGGCGCUGGGGCUGCUGGAGUGCUCCUACACCCGCACCAUGUCGCUGUCCGGCGGGCAGCGCAAGCGUCUCGCCAUCGCCCUGGAGCUGGUCAACAACCCACCUGUCAUGUUCUUCGAUGAGCCAACCAGUGGCCUGGACAGCGCCUCCUGCUUCCAAGUCGUCUCUCUGAUGAGGUCCCUGGCCCAGGGAGGCCGCACUAUCAUCUGCACCAUUCACCAGCCCAGCGCCAAGCUCUUUGAAAUGUUCGACAAGCUGUACAUCCUGAGCCAGGGCCAGUGCAUCUUCAAAGGGGUGGUGCCCAACCUCAUUCCCUACCUGAAAGGGCUGGGCCUGCAUUGCCCCACCUACCACAACCCGGCUGACUUCAUUAUUGAAGUGGCUUCAGGCGAAUAUGGAGACCUCAACCCAUUGCUGUUUCGUGCCGUCCAGAAUGGGCUGUGCACCAUGGCCGAGAAGAAGAGCAGCCCAGAGAAGACGGACUCCUCCUGCCCAGUCCCCUGCGUGACGGACGUGGAUCAUAUUGAGAGCCACACAUUUGCCACCAGCACCAUGACCCAGUUCUGUAUCCUCUUCAAGAGAACGUUCCUGUCCAUCAUGAGAGACACGGUCCUGACCCACCUGCGGUUCAUGUCCCACAUCUGCAUCGGGGUGCUCAUCGGGCUACUCUACCUGCACAUCGGCAACGACGCCAGCAAGGUCUUCAACAACACCGGCUUCCUCUUCUUCUCCAUGCUCUUCCUCAUGUUCGCCGCCUUGAUGCCCACGGUCCUCACAUUUCCUCUGGAGAUGUCUGUGUUCCUGAGAGAGCACCUGAACUACUGGUAUAGCCUAAAGGCCUAUUACCUGGCCAAGACCAUGGCAGAUGUGCCCUUCCAGGUGAUCUGCCCCAUAGCCUACUGCAGCAUUGUGUACUGGAUGACAGGCCAACCCCCAGAGGCCACGCGCUUCCUCCUCUUCUCCGCCCUCGCUACCUCCACCGCCCUGGUGGCACAGUCCCUGGGGCUUCUGAUUGGAGCAGCCUCCACCUCCUUGCAGGUGGCCACGUUCGUGGGACCGGUCACUGCCAUCCCCGUCCUGCUCUUCUCAGGCUUCUUCGUCAGCUUCAAGACCAUCCCCAUGUACCUGCAGUGGACCUCGUAUGUCUCCUAUGUCAGGUAUGGCUUCGAGGGCGUCAUCCUCACCAUCUACGCCAUGGAGCGUGAGGACCUGGAGUGUCGGGAGACUCCCUGUCCCUUCCAGAAUCCCAGCAGGAUCCUCCAGGAGCUGGACGUGGAAGAGGCCAAACUCUACCUGGACUUCAUCAUCCUGGGCAUCUUCUUCCUCGUUCUGCGGCUCCUGGCCUACCUGGUCCUCAGGUACAAGGUGAAGUCUGAGAGAUAAAGAGGCCAUUGGGGCCCGAUGCCUUUCCCAGACCUGAUCUGCCACAGCAUGGACAUUCCCAAAGGGACUCUUGGUCUCUGAGGAUGUGGGACCACAGGGGAGGCAUCGGGGAGGUGGCGGCCAGUCCUGGCUCAGUCGAGAAGGUUUUUUGGGACAUCUCGGAACUGUUUUAACCUUUCCACACUCUUCAUCGCAAAUGUUUUGUACUGCCCUGGAAUGCCUCAUUCUCUCCCCUGGAGCCACAUCAUCAGAUGGAUCUUGGAUUCCUUCCUCCACCCUGUGCCCCAAACCACCACCUCAGGACACCGAUGGAGGCAGUUGUCUUCCAAGCCAGAGAAAGAGAGAGCAGCCUGCCAAGGCUUUGCCGUCUGGGGGAGGGAGGUUGCACCGGUCUGAACCCAGUUUACCUCCCGCAAAGCACAGUUUUGUAGCACAGUGUGUAGUGCAGUUUUUUAACUUGCCUGCGAGUCGAUGUCCAGUAGCAUGUGUAUCUAUAUUCAGAAGAAAUCAGAAGACAACAAUAGGCUACGUGGCAGAAGGCUUUCGUGUUUACCUUAGCCAUAGCAACAGCCAAUGCCAUCGCCCCUGUCUUUUUUGUAAAGUUCCCUUUUUCUUAUGGAAAAAACAAAACCAAACGACAACUCAGCUGCACUUAGUACAGGAACAAGUACUGCAGCUCUGGAGGGAUGCAGGUAGAUCAGGCCUCUGCAUUUAGGAUUUGGCAGGAUGUAAUAUUGGUAGAAACAUUUCACUGAAAUUUUUUUUAAAUGUUUUUUCGGGAGGUGGGAGAGUUCCCAGCCCUGCUGGGUUUGCCACCAGGGCCCUGCUGUGUUGGACUACUGCAUGAGACCCAGGGAAUGAUGACGCAGACCAGGCUAGCCAUGAAUUGAAAGUGACCAGUCUCAUAGAAUCAUAGAAUAUCAGGGUUGGAAGGGACCUCAGGAGGUCAUCUAGUCUAACCCCCUGCUCAAAGCAGGACCAACCCCCAGACAGAUUUUUACCCCAAUUCCCUAAAUGGCCCCCUUUCCUUGGAAGCUGAGUAAAUGGUGGAAAGGUAAGGGGCAGAUUCUCCAUUCUCUUAUGCUGGUGUGAAUGGGAAGCAGCUGCUUGAAGCCAGCGGAGUUAGGUUGGGUUGAGAGAAGGAUCUGGCCCAGUGACUGACCUCAGUGGAGUGGCUGAUCCAAUGUGAAAUCAGAAUCAGUCCCUAAGGGCCCACUGCUGCAGAUCACAUGGGUCUGAUUCUCCCAGUUCACCUGCACUUUGCACCGUCACUUACACCUGCACACAAAUGCUGCCGAAUCAGAGCAGAGGUGUGCUUUGCACAAGUGUAAAAUGACGACGCAACGUGUCGGGCAUUAACGAACCAGCCCCAUUGAGGUUAGCAGGAUGUGUGUGUGCCCUGAGGAGCAUGAAAGGUGAAAAGUAAAGGGCCACUCCUUUGUGUUAAUAACCCCCAGUCUUGUUACAAUGCAGGGAAGGACAUUUUCAUUUGUGGCUGAUAAUGGGACAAUGCCGCUUUUACAGUUUGGCCUUGCAGCUGAAGCCCUGAAUAGAUGUAGACAACAAAUUUCAAAACCUCCCUGAGCUCCCUAAUCAGUAGCAGAAAACAGGCACAGAAUUAAACACCCCCAGUGUGUUUGUGUUCAGCCCGAAACAGUGUUUACCGUGUGUAGCAUGUUGUGUACAGAGCAUUUUGCAGGAAGACAUUUAGCUGGCGUAAACCGGCAUAGCUCCAGUGGCUGCAGUGGAGCGAUGCUGAGUCAUGUCAGCUGAGGGUCUCCCCUUGUAUGAGCUAAUUUAUUUCGGUGUACACCUGAAGUGGCGGCUCUGUGAAGCUCUAGGUAUUUAAAACAUGGUCUGUAGCUAUAACUGGCAAGUAACUUGUAGCAGAGGGAAUUUCAGGGGGAGGGGAGAAAAGAAGAUGAUUUCAGCUGAGAUUUGGGAAGAACUGGGAGGCACAGAGCAGAACUAUUUGAAAGCAAUUCCUCCCAUCUUUGACAUGCCAAGGCUUGAGUUCAAUAUGCCACAUUUCCUCUGCAGUAGCUGACAAGCCAUUGUCCAAAGCAGAGUGUUUUCCUGUGCUGCGUAAAGCAUUUGCAAUGCCUGCAAUCAAAGCACCUUGCCCUGCUGGGAGCGGGUCAGGUCUUGCAUGCUAAUCAGAGUCAGGCCUGGUCACUAUUUGGAUGGGAGUGGUGUUGGAGGGUCAAUAGGAGCUGUUCUUCCCUUUAGAGGCCAUACAGAGCCCAUGGUGCCAUGAGGCGGAGCUUGUAGUCAAAGAGGUGUCCUUCAGAUGAGCCUUGAAGUCCAGGCCCUACAAACUGCAGUCUUGUGGCUUCUUUGUCAAUCAGGGCGUUAGCCUUGGAGUCCUGGCCAAAUUCCAGCUCAGGUUUCCCUUCCCUAAAGUCCUUAGCAGUUGCA